GAAUUUCUGAAAAAUGAAAAUAUACAAGGAUGUGAUCCUAUUUAUUUCAUAAAUUCUCCGUUUUAUACAAAUCCUUAAUCGACGAGAUUGUGUGUGCAGAUACUUUAUAUACUGAACAUUCAAAAUGGAUGAUAAAAUAGUCAAGAAAACCCAAGAUUCCUUGGGAAAAGUCAUCAAGAAGCCGCCACUGACAGAAAAGUUGUUGAAGAAACCUCCAUUUCGUUUUCUUCAUGACAUUCUCACUUCAGUCAUAAAAAACACUGGAACAAUGAAGGGUUUAUAUACAGAAAAUGAAUUAAAUUCAGAUCAAAUUAAGGACAAAGAUUCCAAGAUGGCAUUUCUGCAGAAAGCAGUUGAUUUUGUUUCGUUAGUGGUAGGCAAACCAUUGUCAGUCAGACCGUCCAAAAUUGUGGCCGGACAUGAACCGGAGAAAACCAAUGAAUUUUUACAAGAAUUGGCCACAGCUUGUAAUAAAAAGAUUGACAAUGAUGAUUAUGUGAAGCGAGCGCUGAAGGGUGAGAAACCAGGAGAAAGCUCCAAGCCGCCGAGGGGCUCUUCAAAACGGGAGGAGAAAAAAGAUAAAGAAUCUCGAGACGAUAAGAGACGGGAACGAGAUGGAAGUGGUAAGGAAAACCGCGAGCGUCAAGGGUCAGGUAGUCGCGAUCGUGGGAAAGAACGUGAGAAAGACGACAAGAAAGAGAGUCGGUCGUCGAAGGAUCGAGAAGGUAGUCGCGACCGGGGUGAACGGGAGAGGAGUCGAGAUCGACGAGAUAAGGAUAAGGAGAAUAAGGAGGAGAGGAAGAAGCGCCACCGCGACCGUGAGCGCGACCGUGACAAGGAGGCUGAGAAGAAGAAAGAAGACGAGACCGCACCGGUACUGAACAUUCACGCUAACGGCGACGGCAAUGAAAGUGUCACCCCAGAAGCUGACGAGGCUCCAAGUGAACCACCUGCUGCCAGAAUACCGCGGCCAUCGUCAGCUAAAGGCUCCAGGCGGCGCCACCGUGAAGGGCGGGGAGGCUUGGAGUCGAGUGACGAAGAUGAGGAUGAGCAGUUCCGUGCGGAGAAGCGAGAUGAAGAGGCAGUCAACGGGACGGUCGGAGAGGAUGAUCUACCGCCACAAGUCAUGGCCGCACGUCGUAUGGCAAGGCCAGCGAGUGCACGACCAGCGCCACCUAAGAUCAAACCCAAAACUGAUACGACACAGGAACCAGACAUCAGGGUGGGAAGUGGUAAACAUGUGACUAAUGUGAUCGUAGAUGACGACAAUCCAUCUGAUGAUGAUGAUAACUUUAUGGUAGAAGAUACAGCGAUACCUCCGCCAGAACCUGAGCCGGUUGUACGACAGUCUGAGGUUGAAGAAGAUGGUGAACAUGGUGGUCUCGUCAAGAAAAUGUUAGAAACCAAGAAAGAGUUGGAAGGGGGCAGUCAGAAGGCCGGGGCCAGGAGGGAGGUGGAAAAACCCAUGGUGUCUGAUGCUGCCCGGCGAAAAGAGCGAGAGAUGGUUCAGAAGGAAAUCGACAAGCUCCGCGGGAGUAUCCAGACGUUGACGCGCAGUGCUAACCCGCUGGGCAAGAUCAUGGACUACGUCCAGGAAGACCUUGACUCGAUGCAGAAGGAGAAUGAAAAGUGGAAGAAGGAGAAUAAAGAGCAUACUCUGUCGUUGAAACAAGAACAAAGUGUGACUGAGAUGUCGAUAGAACCACUGAAGGGACAGCUGAAAGACCUUGAUCAACUCAUUGCUGAUCAGCUUGUCCUCAUCGCCGCAGUAAAAUCAAAUAUUGUACGGAACGACGAAAAGAUUGGCAAGAUGUUGGGGAGCGUGUCCAAGUCCUGAAGACAUGGUGUGGGUUAUGCUGUGUGGACAAUCGCAAAUGGGGCCUAGGACUUAAAUGACACGGAUUCUUUAGGGAGUGAAUGCUGCAGGUGAUUGGAUAGAGGGUCAUAAGGACAGGCCGUGUUUGUCUGUUGCUGUGUUGACCACUUACCAUGGUUUGUGGCCCUCUCAGCGAUCUUGUCUCAACCCUGGUCGUGGAUUAAUAUCGUGAGUGUCUUGUCUUUGGUCUGAAUACAGGAAAAGCAGGCAGGUUUCCCGGGCUCCACUUGCUUGGCUGUCAGUUCAGUUGCAGAGCCAGUAACUUAUAUUGAAUUAGUCCAACACUUGUGAAAAUCUUUGAAGUUUCCUUCAUUGGCCAGCAACUUCUGCUGAGUGGAAGCCAGGCCUUAAUCUCAUUGGAAGGAUUUGUUUGUGAUAGUUUCGUUAGAUUUCAUCGAAUCUGCCAGAAUGUCGGAUGCUUGUACUUUUGAAACCACCCAUGGUUCUCGUGGACAUCUCUCAUACGUCACCAGCAGGUUGUUGUGGAAGUGAGUGCGUCCUGCCCAGAUACAAUAGUAUUGGUGGUUUAUCAGUUCGUUACACGGUCGGGGGACUAGAGGUGGUGUA